ACUUCUAUUAGAACAAAAUAAGAGGAAGAGAAAAACAUCAGCUGCUGCAUUGACAUCUUCUUCUGCAAGAGAGAGAAAAGAGAGGGAUUGAGGUUGGUUGAUCAUGGCGAAUACCAAGCUAAAAUGGAAGCAGCUUCAAAUCCAAAAAACAAAGAAGGGGAGGGUUCCAGAGAAUAAUCAAGCAGAUCAGAAAAAACAAACAAAAUCUCCUAAUCCUUACUCCAACUACGUGAGAGAGAGAGACGCAGAAGCUGUCAAAAAAAAUGUGAAUGAGCAACAGAAUCAAAAUGCCCUCAACUCCAGCAUAGCUCCUGUCAUAUCACAUGCUACGCCCAAAAUUUCUUCACCAGGAAAAAUUGCCUCCUCCUCAUCCCCAUCAUCAUCAUCGGAGGCGCACAUAUCUAGCUCUGAUAUCCUUAAGUUCCAACGUCUUAUCAAACCUGCCAUCGACGCCGGUCUUUUGCGGAGGAAAUGCACAACAUGUGGCAACUCUAUUCCGGAUUGUUGUGAACAAAACAUACUCAAAGCAGUUUCCGAUCUCCUUGCGCUUUUUACUUCGUAAUGUAUUACACGAUGUUCUUCGUUAUACUCGUGCAGUAAUGCUUUCUAGUGAUCUCUGUUUUAUUUUGUGGAGCUGAUCAACCCACCAUCUGUGUCAGUAAUUAGCGUAGUAUGUGUGAUAUAACUUUAUAUUUUGAUAUCAACGUCAUUGCUAUUCAUUACACAUCCAUCUCAAAAACAUCUCAAGAGCAUGUGACAUUCAUUUGUUGGGUGUGCUGACAUUCCCAAUAAAUUAGUGUUAUGGGAUUGAUGUUGCUCGGAUCUUUAUCAGUUUUCUUUUAAUAAUGUUAUAAUCACUUGGAUAUUCAGUAUUGAUUUGUUAUAAUCUGAAGGUAAGCAAUAUUUGGUUGUA